AUGCGUUUCACUACCACCACCAUCGUUACUCUUCUCACUGUCGGCCUCGCAGCCGCUCAGUCUCAGUCUCGUCGUGCCACUUGCGCUGCUCAGAACAUCCUCGAUGCCUGUAUCCAAGACACGAGUCCUCAGCUCCAGGCCUGCGAGGCCAACGACUGGGAUUGUCUAUGUGAGCAGAGCAACAAUGUGCUGACUUGCUACAACAACUGCCCCGGCGACGACGGACAAUUCGGCGCCCAGCAGACAAUGACAUCCUACUGCAACGCCGCCAAAGCAUACGGCUCCAGCACCAGCAGUUCCAUCUCUGCCACUCCCUCUGCAUCUGCUGCAUCUGCUGCAUCCGCCUCUUCCACAUCUACGGGCUCUUUUGCUACCAAGACUGCUUCCUCUGGAUCGUCGAAUCUCGUUGCUUCUGCAUCCUCUUCGUCGACUUCCUCCUCCUCAAACCCCCUUUCAACCUCGUCGGAUUCUGCAGCCGCUGCUUCUGUUAUGGUCAAUGGGUGGAUGAUUGUGCAGGGAGGUCUUGUGGCCGCGAUGGCAUUGGGGUUGGGUGUUGCUUUGUAA